AUGGGUGCUGGUAGUUCUAAGCCCGAGGCUGCGGGUGACUCCAAGCAUGUCUUCUCCAGCGCCUCCCCCAUCCAAUUCUCCUCCAACCUAGUUGAGGCCCUCCAGGGCAGCUCCGAGACCGACUCCUCCCGCAGCAAGGCCGUCGAGCUCGAAAUCCAAAACCGCGUCGCAGCCGAACUCAAGCGCCUCCACGACCGCGAAAAGCAAACCCUCGCCGAGAUCGAAAAGCGCAUCUCCGAGUCCAAAGACACCGGCGCGCCCCUCCCCAUCACCGCCGCCACCGGCCCCGUCGCACACAGCAAGGGCGUCCCAGUCGGCUCAUUGAACCUCGAUGCCCCCCGUAUUCCGUUCGCGGGCCGCGAGCACGACGCCGUGCCUGUGAUCGCUGCGCCGGUCGAGCAGCAGCAGACACCCGUUGCGAACCGCGAGAUCUCGCGGGACUCAGUCAAUGCUGAGAUUGAGUUGCUGCGGAGCAAGUUGGAUGGACGACGGAAGCUGCUGGAUCUCGACGAGGGUGUUGAGAAGGCUAAGGCUGAUGUUGUUGGUUGUUUGCGAUUGAAUGAUCGCCGGCCAUUGAAUUGCUGGAAGGAGGUUGAGGCUUUUAAGAAGGAGGUUGCCAAGAUGGAGACUGCUUUUGUGGAUCGGAUUGUGGGUUAG